AUGAUAAUCCGAGUGUCUGAGCAUGGCGAGCAUCAGACAUGUGUCCUAGAGGUACAUGCUAAGAACUUUGAGGAUGUUCGCUGCAAGUGUAUCUGUCCGCCAUAUCGAAACAUAUCUGGCAACGUGUACAACAGAAAUGUGACCCAGAAAGACUGUAAUUGCCUCCAUAUAGUGGAUCCUAUGCCAGUUCCUGGUCAUGAUAUGGAGGCGUACUGUCUAUUGUGUGAGUGCAAGUAUGAGGAACGAAGCAGCAACACUAUCAAGGUGACCAUCAUCAUUUACCUGGGUGUUGUGGGUGCACUUCUUCUGUACAUGCUGUUCCUGCUGCUUGUGGACCCUCUCAUUCGUAAGAAAGACCCCUACAUUCAGCCGCUGCACAAUGAGGAAGACUCUGAGGAGAUGCGACCGACGCCUGAGGCAGCUGCAGCCAGAGCAAACACAAUGCUGGAGCGAGUGGAGGGAGCGCAGCAGCGGUGGAAGAAACAGGUCCAGGAGCAACGCAAGACUGUCUUUGAUCGACACAAGCUGCUUAGUAUCGGCGACAAGAUGGCAGAAGCAGCCACAGUUAUCAUGAAUGAAGAGGAGCUGAAGAGGAAGCAGAGGGAAAAACUCAAAAAGCUCCAAGCCACCGGAGGAAACCCUCGACCGGCUCGCACUCUCUUUAUGUUCACAUUGAAAAACCCUUUCCGCAAAGCCUGCAUCAACAUCGUGGAGUGGAAAACCUUUGAAAUAAUCAUCUUAUUGACCAUCUUUGCGAACUGUAUAGCAUUGGCUGUUUUCCUGCCAAUGCCUGAAGAAGACAGCAAUAACACUAACGCCAGUUUGGAAAGUCUUGAGUACAUCUUUCUUGUCAUCUUCACAGCAGAGUGUUUUCUAAAGAUAGUGGCGUAUGGAUUAGUGUUUCAUGAAGGAGCCUAUUUAAGGAACUGUUGGAACAUAUUGGACUUUGUCAUUGUCUUUAUGGGUCUCUUCACCUUUGCCUUGGACACCAUCAAUAAGAUAGCAGGUGUUCCAAUGGAGAAAGGUGGGGGCUUUGAUAUGAAAGCCCUGAGAGCCUUCAGAGUGCUGAGGCCUCUUCGUCUGGUGUCUGGAGUUCCAAGCCUACAAGUGGUGAUGAACUCUAUACUAAAGGCUAUGUUACCUCUGCUACACAUUGCAUUGUUGGUCUUUCUCCUGGUCACGAUUUAUGCCAUCAUGGGACUGGAGCUUUUCAAGUGCAAAAUGCAUAAGACCUGCUAUUACUCCAAUACAACUAUUUAUUCCACUGCUGAAGGAGAGCUGCCUGCGCCCUGUGCUCAGGCUGGUAAUGGUCGUCGGUGCCUCAUCAAAGGCUCUGAGUGCCAAGAGGGUUGGGAGGGUCCUAACAACGGCAUCACCCACUUUGAUAACAUUGGAUUUGCUAUGCUAACUGUUUACCAAUGUAUUACUAUGGAGGGAUGGACCAAAGUGCUCUACUGGGUGAAUGAUGCCAUAGGGAAUGAAUGGCCUUGGGUUUACUUUGUUCCACUCAUACUGAUAGGCUCGUUCUUCGUGCUGAAUUUAGUUUUGGGUGUACUCAGUGGAGAGUUCACCAAAGAGCGAGAAAAGGCCAAGUCAAGAGGAGAGUUUCAGAAGUUACGAGAACGUCAGCAGUUGGAUGAGGACCUUCAUGGAUACAUGGAGUGGAUCACUCACGCUGAAGUGCUGGAUGCUGAUAGAGAGGGCAAAGGACUCCUACCUUUGACCAAUGGAGAGGAUGACACAGACAGCUUGUAUGGUUUGGAAGGGAAAAGUAAAGUAAUCUACUACUAUCGCUUGGCUCGCCGCUGGAACCGAUUCUUUAGGAUGAAGUGUCUCAUUUAUGUCAAAACCAACACCUUUUACUGGAUUGUUAUGAUUCUGGUUUUUCUCAACACCCUGACCAUCGCUACAGAGCAUCACCACCAGUCUGAUCGGCUCACAAACCUCCAAGAUGUGGCCAGUCGUGUGUUACUGAUGAUCAUGCUGUCGGCUGGAGCGGUCACCCCUCUGGGCUUCUCUGUGCUCAGGUGUAUCCGUCUGCUUCGAUUCCUUAAAGUUACAAAGUACUGGACGUCCCUCAGUAAUCUCGUGGCUUCUCUCCUAAACUCCGUCCGCUCCAUCGCGUCCCUGCUUCUCCUCCUCUUCCUCUUCAUUGUUAUUUUCUCACUCUUGGGCAUGCAGGUGUUUGGUGGAAAGUUCAACUUUUCUGAUAACAGACCGCGACGCAGUAACUUUGACAACUUCCCUCAGGCUCUCAUUAGCGUGUUUCAGAUCUUAACAGGCGAGGACUGGACUUCUAUCAUGAACAAUGGCAUAAUGGCGUAUGGUGGGCCAGUUAUUCCUGGCAUCCUUGUGGCCAUCUAUUUCAUUGUGCUCUUUGUCUGUGGUAAUUACAUCCUUCUCAAUGUCUUUUUGGCCAUUGCUGUGGACAAUCUGGCUGAAGCUGAGAGUCUAACUUCAGCACAAAAAGAGAAGGCAGAGGAUAAAUUACGAAGAAAACUUCUACGAUCUAAAAUGCCAGACAAAACAGAUGAGGAGAGAGAGAGAUAUGCAAAGAAACUGGCAGAGCAGAGAGCCAAGAUCGAGGGAAUGCCCACGACGGCCAAGCUCAAAGUUGAUGAAUUUGAAUCAAAUGUUAAUGAAGUAAAGGAUCCAUUCCCCCCAGCAGACUUCCCUGGUGAUGAUGAGGAGGAAGAGCCAGAGAUCCCCAGCAGUCCUCGUCCUCGACCCAUGGCAGACCUGCAGCUAAAGGAGGAGGCCGUCCCCCUGCCAGAGGCCAGCUCCUUCUACAUCUUUGGGCCUCAAAACAAGUUCCGCAAGCUGUGCUAUAAGAUCAUCAAUGCGUCCUCCUUCACAAAUCUCAUUCUGCUCUUCAUUCUUCUGUCCUCAAUCUCUCUGGCGGCUGAGGAUCCUAUUGACCCCAAGUCCCCAAGAAAUCAGAUCUUGGCCUAUGCUGACAUUGUCUUCACAACUGUCUUCACCAUUGAGAUUGUGCUAAAGAUGACUGUUUACGGGGCGUUUAUGCACGAGGGCUCCUUCUGCCGUAACUCCUUCAACAUCCUUGAUCUGAUUGUGGUCGGCGUCUCCCUGCUUUCAAUGGGAAUGGAAUCAAGUGCCAUCUCUGUAGUGAAGAUUCUCAGGGUGUUGAGAGUGCUUAGGCCCCUCAGAGCUAUCAAUAGAGCCAAAGGAUUAAAGCACGUUGUCCAGUGUGUGUUUGUGGCCAUUAAGACUAUUGGAAACAUCGUUUUGGUCACAAUGCUACUGAAUUUCAUGUUUGCCUGUAUCGGCGUCCAACUUUUUAAGGGUAAAUUCUACAGCUGCUCUGAUCCGGUGAAACUGACAGAGGAACAAUGCCAAGGAUUUUUCUAUAAACAUGUUGAAAACUCCCUUGAGGACACAGUUCUUGCCAAAAGAGAAUGGAUUAAUAGCGACUUUAACUUUGAUAAUGUGCUUGUUGGCAUGCUGGCUCUCUUCACUGUCUCCACUUUUGAAGGCUGGCCAAAACUUUUGUACAGGGCGAUCGACUCAGACCAGGAAGACAUGGGCCCAGUUUUCAACAACAGAGUGGAUGUGUCCAUCUUCUUCAUUAUUUACAUCAUCCUUAUCGCCUUCUUUAUGAUGAAUAUCUUUGUGGGUUUUGUCAUCGUCACCUUCCAAGAGCAGGGCGAGCAGGAGUAUAAGAACUGUGAACUCGAUAAAAACCAGCGUCAAUGUGUCCAGUAUGCCCUGAAAGCUCGCCCACUGAGGUGCUACAUCCCCAAAAACCCGUACCAGUACAGGGUCUGGUACAUCGUCACCUCCUGCUACUUUGAGUACCUCAUGUUCUUCCUGAUCAUGCUCAACACACUCUGCCUUGGAAUGCAGCACUGCAACCAAUCAGACCAUGUGACUAAACUGUCGGACAAUCUGAACUUGAUCUUCACUGUGCUGUUUACGGUGGAGAUGAUCCUCAAACUCAUGGCCUUCAAAGCGAGAGGAUACUUUGGAGACCCGUGGAAUGUGUUUGACUUCAUUAUAGUCAUUGGCAGCGUGGUUGAUGUAAUCCUGAGUGAAGUGGACAGCGCCCUGGCCGCCAGUGGAGGCCUGUACUGUCUCCACGGUUGUGCUGAAACAAACCCAAUGCAGGCUAUUGCGGCAUCUGAAAACGCCUCCGUCUCCAUCACGUUCUUCAGACUCUUCCGUGUCAUGCGUCUUGUGAAACUGCUGAACCGCUCUGAGGGAAUCCGGAACCUGCUGUGGACCUUUAUCAAAUCUUUCCAGGCUCUACCCCACGUGGCUUUGCUUAUCAUAAUGCUCUUCUUUAUCUAUGCCGUCAUUGGAAUGCAGAUAUUUGGGAAAAUAGCGUUAGUUGACGGCACCCAAAUAAACCGCAACAAUAACUUCCAGACAUUCCCACAAGCAGUGCUAAUGUUGUUCCGGUGUGCCACGGGAGAGCAGUGGCAGGAGGUCAUGAUGGCAUCUAUGUAUGGGAAAAAGUGUGACCCAAAAUCCGACUACCUGCCUGGGGAGGAGUACACGUGCGGCUCGGGCUUUGCGGUCAUCUACUUCCUCAGCUUCUACUGUCUCUGUGCCUUCUUGAUUCUAAAUCUCUUUGUUGCCGUUAUCAUGGACAACUUUGACUAUCUGACCCGUGAUUGGUCUCUCCUCGGACCCCACCAUUUGGAUGAGUUCAAAAAGAUUUGGGCUGAAUAUGAUCCGGAAGCAACAGGGAGAAUUAAACAUCUGGAUGUGGUCACUUUGCUGCGGCGUAUCCAGCCGCCACUUGGAUUUGGAAAGUUCUGUCCUCACAGAGCUGCCUGCAAGCGUUUGGUUGGAAUGAACAUGCCUCUGAACAGUGAUGGAACUGUUACUUUCAACGCAACACUAUUCGCUCUGGUCAGGACUGCACUCAAGAUCAAAACUGAAGGGAACUUUGAGCAGGCUAAUGAGGAGCUCAGAGCCAUCAUUAAAAAGAUCUGGAAGCGCACCAGUAUGAAGCUGUUGGAUCAGGUCAUCCCGCCAAUAGGAGAUGAUGAGGUGACUGUGGGUAAAUUCUAUGCCACUUUCCUGCUCCAAGACCAUUUCCGCAAAUUCAUGAAGCGCCAAGAGGAGUACUAUGGUUACAGACCAACCAAGAAGAGUGCCUCAGGCCCAGAGAUACAGGCGGGCCUCAGGAGUAUUGAAGAAGAGGCGGCUCCAGAGAUGCAUCGGGCAAUUUCUGGAGACUUGCAGAACGAGGAGGAGAUGGACCGCGCCAUGGACGAAGCUGGAGAGGAGGCCAUUUUCCAGCGUUCCCAUGGCUUGUUUGGAAACCGUGUCACCUCCUUCUCUUCUGAACCUGCCACUGCUCAAACAAACCAACAAAUGACUGCCCAGCGCCCUCUGCAGUUCUCUGAGAGUCAACCUGACGGGUCCCCAACCUCAGACGUAGAGUUUUUCCCAAUUGCCCCUCCCAGGAGCAACACUAACAACAAUGCUUUUGAUUUUUCAUUUGAAAGAGAGGGAAGCCCUGCAGAAUUCGACCUGGAGGAUGCAGAACAACUAAACUCUUGGAACCUCUCAAUGAAAGCAAAUAAAACACAGUUUCCGUACGACCCAAACGAUGAUGACAGGAAGAGCCAGCGCUCCCAGUCGGCUGCUGACCGACUCGUCCAGAAGGCCCUGUUCAAAGGCGGUGUGAGGUCUCUGGCCGGGGACCCUGGGUUUGUAUCUGCUGCUCCAUCUGUGUCUGAGAUGGAGGUCGCUGCUGAGAACCUGCUCAAAGAACGCUCCAGCUCUCAGACCUCCAACAAAAAGAGACGUCCCAUCCCCGCGCCCCCCUCUGCCCCCUCUGCCCGCUCUGCUGCCCCCUCUAGUGGCCAACAGAGCAGCCGUCCUGAACCAUCUGUGAGGAGAAAACGGCGUCCUGUGCCUGUGAUCCCCUCACUGUCCCGGGAGGAGGACGAGGCAGACUCUUAUGUUUAA